UCUUCGUUUCGUGCCUUCGUCUUCGUUUUCGUCGAUAAGAACGAGGGAGAGAGAUCGGUGGAGGGAGCACGAGAUUGAGAGGAAAUUAGAUAGAGGAAUACAUCGAAGUUUUUAAAAAUGGCGUACAGAUCGGACGACGAGUACGACUACUUGUUCAAGGUGGUGCUGAUAGGCGACUCCGGCGUGGGGAAGACCAACCUCCUCUCCCGCUUCGCCCGCAAUGAGUUCAGCCUCGAGUCGAAGUCCACCGUCGGCGUUGAGUUCGCCACCCGCACCGUCCACGUCGACGACAAGCUCGUCAAGGCUCAAAUCUGGGACACCGCCGGACAAGAAAGAUACCGAGCCAUCACCAGCGCCUACUACCGAGGCUCCGCCGGCGCCCUCGUCGUCUACGACGUGAGCCGCCGCGACACCUUCGAGAACGUGGAGAAGUGGAUGCAGGAGCUGCGCAACCACACGGACUCCAACAUCAUCGUCGUGCUCGUCGGCAACAAGGCGGACCUGCGCCACAUAAGGGCGGUGUCCGUGGAGGAAGCGGCGGCGCUGGCCAAGAGGCAGAACGCCUUCUUCGUGGAGACCUCCGCCCUGGAGUCGACCAACGUGGACGCUGCCUUCGCCGAGGUGCUCACGCAGGUGUACCGUGUGGCGAGCAGGAAGGUGCUCGACGUCGGCGAGAACCCUGCGACUUUGUCCAAAGGCCACACCAUCGAUUUGAACUCAGCAGAGGAGAAACCACCAUCGGUGGAAAAAUCUGGGUGUUGCUCGAGCUAAUUAACUAGCUAGCCAAGCAUGUGUUAAUUUUCUUGCAGAAAACGUAAAACUAAGUGGGUUUCUUGUUCUUGUUCCUCGAAGGAUUUAUCAUUGCUUACAAAAACAUGUUCUUCAAUUGUUACGACUGUUCUCUUUGAUCAGAUACGUAUGCAAGACAAGUGAUUGUUAUA